UUAAAGGCACAGCUGCGGCUUGGUACCGCCCGGGUCGCCCGUCCCAGUUGGCCUUGUCCGGUUCCUGCAAAGACGGGCGGUGGCUGCGGGCGGCGGAGGAGCCGAGCAGGUGCCCAAUCUGCUUCUGGGCAACAGAAGGAUGCCUUCCCGUGGCAAGAAAAGAGGCCGACCGGCCGUGGCAGCUGCCAAACAGCCUAAAUUGGCCAAAACGGAGGUCCAGAAGGAGGAGGGAGCCAAGGUAACCAGUUCUGGAUGGAGGAAGACUGGAGAAAGCUUGAAAGGACCUGCUGGGGUUGAGGAGAAGAGCAAGAAGGUUUAUACUCACUGGCUUAUGAAGUCUGAACCGGAGAGUAGGUUUGAAAAGGGAGUGGAUGUGAAGUUUGGCAUUGAAGACUUAAAAGCUGAGCCUCAUCAAACAGCUAGCUGGGACGGAGUCAGGAAUUAUCAGGCACGGAAUUUCCUGAGGGAUAUGAAAGUUGGACAAGCAGCUUUUUUCUACCAUAGUAAUUGCAAGGACCCUGGGAUUGCUGGUGUCAUCAAGAUUGUGAAGGAGGCCUAUCCUGAUCACACCCAAUUUGAAAAAAGUAAUCCGCAUUAUGAUGCUUCCAGCAGGAGAGAGAAUCCAAAAUGGUCCAUGGUCGAUGUCCAGUUUGUGCGAAUGACCCAGCGAUUCAUCCCUCUAGCUGAACUCAAAGCCCACCAUCAAGCCCACCUGAAAUCAGGAGGCCCUUUGAAAGAGAUGGCUCUGUUCAAGAGACAGAGGAUGUCUGUCCAACCCGUCACUGACGAGGAAUUUGAAUUCAUUUUGAGCCUUGAAAAGGAAAAAAAAUGAAUCAUGGCACCCGAUUUUAAAACCACGUCCUUUCAAAGCCACAUCAAGGGCAAAGAGCAUGACGGCGUACCGUUCAAUUUAUAUGGGUUCCUUUUUGUUUGCAACAUAACCUUUUCUAAAUAAAAAACUCACUAAAAAAAA